AUUUUAAUUAAGUUACUUUCUUUUGCAGAUAUGGUUGAAUUAUAUUAUAAAAUUUAAUUUCAACGUGAACAAAAUGAAUCCUUUAAUUGUUGGACUUCUGAAAAUUUUAAGACUGAUGGUUGAUUUUGUGUCAGAAAUAAUAUUCUUCUGUUUUCAUGGUUCAACAAAACCCCUUCCUCCCCUCUCUAGUCCCCUCCUUCUAGACUCAGCUACUGUGGUUGCAAGAAAAAUCAGGGAGAGAAAGAUUACAAGUGUUGAAUGUGUGAGAGUUGUAAUAGAUCGUAUACGUGAGAUAGAUGCUAUUCUAACCUGUGUUGUGGACUCCAGAUACGAGGAUGCAAUCAGGGAGGCCGGUGAAGUUGACCUCCAGCUGGCCAGUCUCGGACCUCAAGAGUUGGAGGAAUUGAAAAUAUCUAAACCAUUCCUAGGCGUUCCAUUCUCAUGCAAGGAUUGUUUCUCCGCCAAGGGGUUAUCUCACACAGCCGGUUUAUAUCUCAGGAAGGAUAUUAAGGGAGAAUACGAUGCUCCUGUAAUUGAAAGAAUGAAAAAUGCAGGGGGUAUACUGGUAUGUGUUUCCAAUGUAUCUGAGAUGUGUAUGUGGUGGGAAGCAAGUAACAAGGUUACAGGAAGGACCUGUAACCCGUACCAUACAGGACGGACAGCUGGAGGAUCCUCAGGGGGAGAGGGUUGUUUAAUAGGAGCAGGAUCAACUCCUCUUGGGAUUGGAUCAGAUGUUGGUGGUUCCAUUCGGAUGCCAUGCUUCUUCAACGGAAUAUUCGGGCACAAGCCAUCCACUCGCAUUGUUCCAAAUACUGGUGGACUUCCUGAGGCUCAUGGGAAGCAUGAAGAUUAUCUUGUCACCGGUCCUAUGUGCCGGAACGCUGAGGACCUGAUCCCGAUGCUCUCUGUCCUUGCUGGACCAGAGAAGACGAGAUUGCUAAGGUUGACGGACGAGGUUAAGAUAAAAAAUUUAAAAUUUUACUUUGCCGAGGAUGAUGGAGGGUUCCCUCUUGUAUCUCCGGUUCAUCCUGAGCUCAAGGUUGCACAGAAAAACUUUAUCGCAGGGUUUAAAAGAGAGUUUAACAUACAGGUGGAAAAAGUGAAGAUUGAUGAAUUAUACCAUUCCCUAGGAAUCUGGAUGAACAGCAUGGCAUCGGAGAAGAACAGACCCUCGUUCUGCUCCGACCUGGCGGACAACAAGGGAGCAGUAAACCCCUGGCUCGAGAUGUUCAAAUGGAUCUUGAACAUCUCCAAGCACACCUUGCCUGCAUUACUGCUCGGAAUGUCAGAGAAGAUGAUAAACACAACCUCAAAGGAGCAUCUUAAAUGCGUCGAACUUGGGGAAAAGUUAAAAAUUAAGUUGAACGAACUUCUUGGAGAAAACGGAGUCUUAAUCUAUCCUUCACAUUCAACCCCAGCUCCGUAUCAUUCUCAACCUAUCCUGAAAUCCUUCAACUUCUCCUACACUGCCGUGUUUAAUAUUCUAGGGGUUCCUGUGACCCAGGUUCCCCUUGGAGUAGGCUCCUGGGGGGUUCCUUUAGGCGUUCAAGUGGUUGCCGGUCUUAAUAUGGAUCGGAACUCUUUAGCGGUAGCCCUUGAGGCUCAGAGGAUGUUUGGAGGAUGGUUUCCACCUGCCCCUGUUCUCUAAUGAUUGUAUAUUUUCUUAAUUCUAAGAGAUUUUCAACGUAUUUUGAAGCAUCCUUAAAAAAGAGUUCCUGUUUUUUCAUCUGUUUUUUAGAUUAAGGAUGCGUUAACUGUUGAACAUCACAAAUGGAAUCGCUCAAAUUUACGUUGGCAAAUGACAAUCACAUCAAGUUCCAUUUUUCCAUUCUAAUUUUCUUCUUUAUUAACUUAUUUUAUGUUUACUUGCCAACUUUAAUUCUUUGUUUUUCCUAAAAAUGUUAGUUGCCAUUUUUAUGGGCUGUGACGAUAUGAUGUUCAAAUGAAUACACAAAAUUAUAUUUGAUAAAACAAGCCUAAUCAAAUUAUACUCCUUUUAUGUGAUUAUAACUUUAAACCAGAUAUCUCGUAUCUAUGCAAUUUACCGGUGUGACACUGUGAUAUUUAUUUGACAACCAGGAAUAACUUGAUUCUGAUAAUGAUUCUAUUCUAGUCUACACUUGUUACAACAAUCCACGAAAACCUGAUUUGUAGUGAUUUUGUUAUUGAUUGUUAAUCUUAAUUUUAAAAUUUCAGA